CUGGGGCCUAUUCUAAAAGACGAAGAAGUGUCGUCUUCCGGUGUCCGUUUGCCGUUUCCUUGUAGUUGUGUUCAGAAACCGGGUUAAAGUAGAUAACAAAAACUGUCGCAGUUAUUCAGGUCGAAGCCGAGGGACCUGGCCGAGGGAUUUAAUGUGAGUUUUUUAUGUAUAUAAGACCAAGCGAUGUCCGUAGUGUUUGACGGGAAUCCGCUGACGGCGAUGCAGAGCUCCCACUCUCAAAGCCCGCAGACCGCGCUGAGUGCGCAUGAGUUGUCUCAAGAGAUCAAAUCCUUUAUCAGCGGUGUUGAUGCCGUUCAGGGACGAAAACUCAGUGUUCGGGAGCAUGCUCGCUGUGCUGUGCGUCUUCUCCGCUCAGUUCCCACCUGUCGAGGUGCAGUGCUGGAGCAUCUGAGGAGUGUGUACGAUGAACAUGUUUCGGCCUUCCUGCACAAUCUGGAGACAGAAGGGGACGCCGGCUCUGUGGUCAGCUCCAACCUGGAGGACAUUAUACAGGAGGUCCAUGGCGUGCUAUCUGAGUUCAUUCGACUUAACCCUCGUGCCUGGGCCCCCCUGGUGUCCUCCUGGGCGGUGGAUCUUUUGGGCCAGUUAAGCAGUAAACACGCUGGUCGCAGAAUUGCUCCACAUUCUUCCAGCCUAAAUGAGCUGCUCCAACUCUGGAUGUCCUGUGCUGCCACCCGAUCCCUCAUGGAGGCCUACUCACAGUGUUUGGCCGCGAUGCUGUCUUGGUGUCCUGAUGCCUGUGUCGAUGCACUGUUGAACACUUCAGUCCAACACUCUCCACACUUUGACUGGGUUGUGGCUCACAUUGGGUCUGCUUUUCCAGGUACUAUUAUCAGUAGAGUCUUAGCUUGUGGACUCAAAGACUUCUGCUCUCAUGGCGCAAAAGAACAAGGGAUAAUGGUUAUGGGAGGGGAUAAAGGUAAUAGAGUGCCAAAAAUUGGCUCUGUGGUGGGAAUCCUUGGUCAUCUUGCAGCACAUCAUUCAGAUAGCAUCAGGAAGGAGUUGCUCAGGAUGUUUCAAGAGAGUCUGAGUCCUUCUAGUCCUCUUUCUCCCACUUCAUCCUCCACCUCUUGGGAAAGUUCACCUCAGCUCCGCCGAGCUGCAGUACCAUUUCUGCUACAGUUGGCAGCACUUUCCCCAAACCUCUUUGGUGCUGUGUCUGCCGAGCUGGUUGAGCUGUUAAACCCACCAGUCCUGCUGCAACUGCAGGCUUUACUCCUGGGGUUUCCCAGAGAGGAGUUAGACAACAUGCUGGGUCUUGCUGUCCACCUCAUUAGUCAGAGUCCAUCGGGAGGUGCUCGGGUGCUCCGCUUCUUGGCUGACACUGCGACUCCUGCAUCUGUCAUCAUCUCUGGUCCCACAUCCUCCCCUCAUGAAGGAGUCAGAGAGGGCUGUGACAGACUUCUCCAAAUGCUUCUUCUGCAUCUCCACAAAUUGGUAUUUAACCGCUCUGAAGGAGGAGAAGAGAAACCUCAUCAAUCUGUUUUAUCUCAGCCUCAGAGGGUCAUCCCCUUCUUGGAGGAGCUGCAGUCUCAUGUCGGGGAGCUUUGUGCUGAGACCCUGCGGUUAGAAAGGAAGCGCCAUCUUUGGUUACACCAGCUACUGUGUCUGUUGUCUGUCUACGGGGGUCCCACAGUGGCCACUGAAGCCCUCUGCCAGCUUCUCACCCAAGCACGAAACCCAGAGGAGCUGGCCCUGGCCUGGCAGCUUCACACUAUGCUCUCUUCCUGUAUGGCUGGUCUCAUCCCUGCUGCCAUAACACGCUGUGUGGCCCAGAUCCAUACACACACACUGGGGCUGCGGCAGUUGAAACAACUGCUACUUAACCUGGCUGCAGCCAUUCAAAGUCAGGACGAGGAAAGAAGAGGAUCAGCUGGUGCUCUGUCCUCCAUGGCAGUCCAGGUGUGCUCAGCAGUCUCGGGACACCUCCAUGACUUUGGCCCACUUCUUCUUCAUGGUGACCCAGCAGUAUCUCACGCCACAGUACGCCUCCUGUCCUGUAGCCCCUUACCUCGCACCUCAUCCCCAGCACACCUGCUCUUACUUUCGCGUGCUGCUGUCAGCCACUUCUUUUUGGCGUUACGCAGACGAGGCAAAGGGACAAAGGUGGGGAGAGAGGGCGGUCAGGCAGUUGAAGCAGUUAACUGCUCUGUCUUGCUCCUUUCCCGUUUAGCUGCUUACUCUCCACUUACAUUGAAAGCAGUGCUUCAGCAGCUGGUUGAGGGAGCACUACAUAAAGGCAAUGCGGAAUUGUUUGGAGGACUGAUAGCAGAUAUGUCUGGUGCUCCCGUGCCUGUCUCCUUCGUGUGUCCAGAUGUUGAAGCCUCACUGCUGGACAUUAACUGUCGAUUUGGUACCACUGUCAACUUUUCUGGCAGUGUGUGGUCUGUUUUCCAUGCGGGUGUAAUUGGGAAAGGGCUUAAGGUCCGCACUGCCACAGAGCUGCCUGAUCCAUCUGGAGUCAUUCAGAACAUCCAGACUCUGCUGCUUAUCGUAGUCCAGUGUUGCAGUUCCUCUGGUCUAAACAGCUCCAUUAAUGGUUCACAAUCAUCUGGUCCUGAUGAGCCACCACCAAUCAAUGCUGAGGCAGCUAAGGUUGUUGCAAUUACACUUGUAGAGAACAUCUGUCCCGAUGUGUCCAAUGGAGAGUUGUCCUGGCCCCUGGAGGAGCAUGCCCGCACCACAGUAGAGCGGGACAUCCACAUUCGACGCUGCUUCGAAGCCCACCCAGUGAUUUUCCCUCUAUUGCAGGUGGUGGCAGCAGGACGCCCUGCUCUCUGCUACUGCUCAGCUAUGCUUCGAGGCCUCUUGGCUACUCUGCUCUCCUACUGGGAAGCAUCCCGUGAGAUGUCAUCCACAGAUUCCCCAUGGCAUCUCCAAGCCUCCUGCCUUCUGGUGUCCUGCAUGGGGGAAGGCCAGCUUCUGCCCCCUGUGCUGGCCAACGUCCAUGAAGCCUUCCCUUAUCUUACUCCCUUCGAGGUCAGGCUGUUACUCCUCGCAGUGUGGGAGUAUGUUAGGGGCAAUGGACCGAUGCCCCAGAAGUUUAUCUUUAGUUCAGAGAAGGGUGUAUUCUGCAGGGAUUUCACAAGGGACGGUGAUGUGGCAAGAUAUGUGGCACCAAUUCACAGUGUCCUUCAUAAAAAUAUUGACCGAUUGGGACACCUGUGCUGGAGAUUUCAGCUCUGACCGUCAAAGGACAGAAAAUUGAAUGGAAUCUGCAUUUCUCGAACGUGUUUGUGUAUGUUUUGUAUCUUUUUCAACUUUUCUAAAAGGGCUGUCAAAUGUGUCAGAAAUGUGACAAGUGUACUGAAAAUGAUUGCAAUAUAAAAUGUGACCCACGUAAACAAAAACGUGGGUCACAUUAUGUCAUUGGGUUAGGAACGUGCAGUUUGGUGCAAUUGUUUAUAAAGGCUCUUAAAUAUAAUUUCAAUUUUAUUCCAAUACAACGAUUGGUCAUGUUCUUUAGCUUUUCAAAACAAUACAAAAUAAAUCCUAAUUUGUUCUGUG